ACAAAAACGCCAGACGUUAUUUUCAUAGCCCAGCUACACAUUUAAACAAGUGCCAAAAUAUUCCUUGUGUAUUUGGAUAUUUGAGGUUCCCCAUCAUUUUCCUUGGGGACAUGGCGCAAUGGACAUCUCCAGGAACUUUUACGCAUCCAACACAGCCAUGAUUCUUUAAAAAAACCCGAGAGCGGACUUCUGAGGCACACUUUUUCUAAACUUCUGUGAUGAAUUUGAAACGAAAGGAGGGGCGAAUGUCAAAGGAACUGACCACGAGCUGAAAAAAAAACGAGAGAAAGAUGUCUACAUCGCUUGCCACCCACCCGAAAUCGAUUGCAUUACCUCCAAGAAGCUUCUCACUUGACGUAUAAAAACAAGACGCAUGUUCUCAAGAAAGAGACGAGACAACGGUAUCGUUAUUACGCGUCACGUCAGGAACUGUAGGAAGAUAUAUUUUUCUCUGACAACUUUGCGUUCACAUUAUUGAAGGUAGAAGCACCCCCAAUACAUAAUCGCGCUGGAAAGCCAUGCGGGCUAAGAAGAGAUGGCACAUAUUAUUGAGUAUGAUUCUUUUGCUCAUCACCUCCAGCCAGUGCAUGGACAGCAAGGAGGUAAAGCAGCAGGAACGCCAAAUUUUGCUUAAUCUAAUCCUGCAAGUGGUCGCGGACAACCAGCGAGACAAGCCCGCAUCCAGCCGGCGCAUCACCAGUGGCCUCUUCUCUGUAUCUCAAGAUGUCAAGUUUUCGUCGCGUGAAAAGGCUGCAUAUUUCUCCAACAGUAGACCAAUAGAUAUUGCCCAAAGAGACACAAACAUGAAAGAAAAAUUUAUAGAACAUUUUACAGCAGGACCAAUUAAGUUUCCAUCUGAAUGCAGGACACAUUUCCAUAGAAUUUAUCACAACACAAGGGAUUGCUCCAGACCAACACAUUAUAAAAGAUGUGCACGAUUGCUAACAAGGCUAGCUAUGAGUCCCCUGUGCACACAGUCAUAGAAAACGCACGU